AUGGAUGCAAGUCGGAGGUCUCCGGAAAAAGAUGAUCUAGGAAUGCCGGUCACUUCUUUUUUCAAUUCAGAUCACAGGGAAUCUCAAAUCAUCGAAAUCGCGCCCGUCGCCGAAACCCGAUCCCAGUAUCUUCGUCGAUACUUCACAACUUCUGAAGGAUGGAUCGGGAACUAUGAUUAUCUAUAUCUCAUCACACCAAACAUCUGGCCGUUAAACAAGCGAUACAAGAACCAUGAAGCACCAUUCUACGGGCUCAACGAUGAAGUACCCAUUCUCCUCACAAUCAUAUUGGGCUUGCAGCACGCCUUGACCAUGAUUGGGUCUGUGGUCUCUCCCCCUUUGGCAAUCGCAAGCGGCGCAUUCAAUUUGGAUGCAGAACAAAGCCAGUAUCUUGUUUCUGCGGCGUUCAUCACUACUGGGAUAGCAACGGCUCUCCAAGUCACCCGGGUUCAUUUGUUCAAUACCCCAUUCUAUAUUGGCACCGGACUACUAUCUGUUGUGGUGUGGAUCCAAAUUCUGAUAUCUUUCGCUCCUCCGAAAAUUCUGAAUAGAAUAUUUCCCAAGGUUGUUACUGGAUCUCUCCUUCUGCUCGUUGGUGUUUAUUUAAUAUCCAGUGGAAUGAAGAGUUGGGGAGGCGGCUCGAAUUGCGAUGGAGGGUCAGGGAUUUAUGCGUUAUGUCCCGACAUUGGAGCGCCAAAACCACUUCCUUGGGGUCAUCCCAAGCUCAUUGGGUUGGGUUUUAGUGUCUUCGUCACGAUUAUCAUCGUGGAGAUUUUCGGGUCACCACUUAUGCGUUCUGCAUCGGUUGUAUUCGGUCUAGCAGUUGGAUGUGCAUUAUCCGGAUCCACUGGAUACUGGUCGCGAGAAAACAUUGAUGCAGCCCCGGUCGCAACGUUCCUUUGGGUACAAACCUUCAAGCUAUCGGUGGACGGGGCACUGGUGCUACCCCUUUUGAUCAUGUUCAUAUGCGAAGCUGUUAGCUGCAUGCCAGACAUUUUGGCUACCGCGGAAAUAUCGGGUCUCGAUGUUGAUGGAGUUGAAUUCAACAGCAGAAUUCAAGGUGGAAUCCUCUGCGAUGGUAUUGGCAGUCUGAUCAGUGCUUGCGGUACUGGAUUACCCAUGGUCUCCCAAGCUGGCAACAAUGGAGUCAUAUCUUUGACUGGCUGUGCGAGUAGGAGAGCUGGCUGGUGCGCUGCCGCCUUCUUGGUUCUCAUGGGCAUAUUUGGAAAAUUCGGAGCUGUAUUCGGCUCCAUGCCCCCUUCCGUGCUUGGAGGAAUGCAAGUCUUCUUGUAUAGCACGAUUGUGGUAGCGGGAAUCAAAGUGCUAAGUUUGAUCGAUUUUACUAGGCGCAAUCGCUUCAUCUUGACGACUGCCCUAGGGAUUGCCUUCAUGGAUAUUGUGGCCCCGACUUGGUUCAGCCAGGUCUUAGCCUACAAUGGUCCCAAUGUGAGGCUCCAGGGAUUUGAGCAGGGAAUCAAUCUUGUGGUGGAGACUCCUUUUAUUAUUGCUGCCGUAAUUGGAGUGCUGUUGAACUUGGUUCUUCCUUAUGAUGGUAACAAGAAAUUGGCGGUGAUCGAAGGACGAGAGAGACGAGUCAGUCUUCCUAGCUAG